AUGCCUUCCGCAGUCACAGAAAAUGUUCACGAGGCCAGCGACUCCAUUCCGACUCACCCUCUCGGGCUGAAGCCUCUGGGAAACCAAUAUCUUGCAGAGGGGCCAAAUGCCCGACGGAACAUUGGCACUUGGGCAGCUCUGCCUGAAGAGAUGCUUGCCCUUGUUCUUGAGGGCUUCGACCAAAAUUCUCUGUUGACACUUGGUUCUACGUGCAAAUACAUGUAUGCUUUCUGCCAUUCUGAAGAAUUGUGGAAAGCCGUGUAUCUACGAUCUGGAUCAACGAGCAGUUCGUCUAUGAAUUGGCGGGGAUCUUGGAGGUCGACUGUCCUUCAACUUGCCAGCGACAAAGAGGCAAAAGUUGACUGCAGCAACGUCUUUUCUGAUGUCCUGCACCGACCUUUUGCUUGCAGCAAUAUUGAGCUGGCGAAAUUCGCCAACGGGAUACCGAAGAUGAACCAGAUACGUCGGUUCGAGAACCUGACGUAUGAAGAGUAUGCUGAGAAAUGGACUGAACAGCCUUUCAUUUUGACGAAAUGCAUACAAGAUUGGCCCGUCCACUCUCAAUGGACCAUUGACUCCCUGCUCGCCAAGUAUGCCGAUGUGGAGUUUCGAGCCGAAGCAGUCGAUUGGACAUUUUCACAGUACUGUGAAUAUAUGAAGAGGAACAGAGACGAAAGCCCCCUCUACCUGUUUGACAAGAAAUUUGCGGAAAAGAUGGGCAUUGAAGUCGGACACAUGGAAGGUGCGGCAUAUUGGCGGCCAGACUGCUUCGGACCAGAUCUCUUUGAAGUCUUGGGAGACGAGCGGCCUGCUCACCGGUGGUUGAUCAUCGGGCCAGAACGGAGCGGCUCUACUUUCCACAAGGAUCCCAACGGCACGAGUGCCUGGAAUGCCGUGAUUCAGGGGUCCAAAUACUGGAUCAUGUUUCCACCCACGGCCCAGGUUCCCGGAGUCUACGUAUCCUCGGACAGCAGCGAGGUGACGAGCCCCCUGAGCAUCGCCGAGUGGCUGCUCACGUUCCACGCCGAGGCUAGACAGAUGCCCGAGUGCGUGGAGGGCAUUUGCAAUGCUGGAGAGAUUCUCCAUGUGCCGAGCGGGUGGUGGCACCUUGUGGUGAAUCUCGAAAAGGGCAUUGCGCUCACGCAGAACUUUGUUCCGCAGUCUCCCAACCUGAACCUGGUCUCCGAAGUCUUGUCGUUCCUGAGGGAUAAGCCGGAUCAGGUGUCUGGCUUUUCGCGUGAUGUGGAAGAUCCCUUUGGGCUAUUUACGGCAAGACUCAAGCAUGAGUACCCGGAUGUGCUGGAGAGGGCGCUGGAGUUGGCGGAUAGGAAGAAUGGGAAGAAGAGGAAGUGGGAUACAGCGGUGGGCCGGGACGAAGAGCAGGCCGAAGGGUUCAGUUUUAGUUUUGGAUUUGGCGGCGACGAUGAUGAUGAGAUACCCUAA